GCUCGGCGGCGAGGGGGUUCUCCCGGCCAGUGGAGCGGAAGCUCGCGAAGUGAUCCGGCUGAUCGAGUUGGCCCAGGAGAGUUCGCGGCUGGGCAAGACGCUGGAUGUCUAGAAAGGAUGAAUGUAGUCGGCCAUGAUAUGAUGAUAGAAUGAACAUAGAACCAAAUAAAUGUACGGGAGAGUGUAUGCAAGUUUGACUGGUGUUUCAUGAUACCGUAGCUUAGCCACCACGUUGCUAAACAUUAGUGUGCUCCACCGCAUGCAUGGGAAAUUGGAUCUUCGGCUGCUCUGGACCAGUUCCCAGUUCCAUCGUAUGACCAGGAAGCCAGGACGGAGAGGAAACCCUUCGCCCGGUCGCAUCCUCGCCAUGGCGGCAAUGCAUGCCGCGGGAGGGGGGUCACGCGUUGCUGGAUUUGCUUUUUGGGUACCCCAGAUUGAUCGGCAUCUCGAGAAGGGGAAGGGGGAGGAUCUUAGGAUUCCAAUUGGAGUUAUUGGACCAGAAAUGCUGCCGGCUCGGGUAAGGGUCGGCGUACUGAAACGGAAACGUGACCUCAUCGCCGGCAGUCUCGGCACUAAGCCUGACUCGGAGUUUUCAUUACCCAACUCCAACCUCGUGAGUGGCAGGCAGCCCCCUCCUUGGACCAGUUCCAGCGCGCAGCCCCGAACCCUCCUGGCCAGUAUACGGAUGGUUCACCCUGCUGACUUCUAUACUCCGCGGAGAUGCCCUGAGUUGCAGGAGUGGAAAACUGUCGCUUGCCGAUUCUUUCCCUCUCCUCGUGGCCCUCCGCGCUGAACGAUGGGUCCCGUUCAGUAUUUUAAUAUCCAGCAUCCCUGUAAUCCCACCUGUCAUGCCCACUUCUGCAUCGUAUGUUCCAAUGGGCUUGCGCCGUUAUAUUUAGUUCCCCCUUCCUUCCUGUCUUCCACGUAGUCCAGGCAAGUUCUCGCUCCAGGAACCCCCCCCCUCCCCUGACAGGACCCCGUCGGAUCUCCUCUUAAUGAAAUGGAUGCCUGGCC